AUGGAUCCACAUCCGUCACAACACAUAGACGAGCACAGUCUCACCCAUCGUAUUGCCCAUCAACAUCUUAAUGAUCCAAACUAUGUGAUCGACGAGCAUGUGGUGCGAGCAUAUCCGUUGCAACAGACACAUACCAAGACAGACAAGAAUUCGGAGGAUGGAGGCGAGACUGAUUCGAGGUAUAAUAUGGAAUACGACAUUGAUUUCGAGGAUGACUCGCCGUAUCCAGAGGUUCGAGCUGCAGUGGCCAACACAGAUGACCCGACGAUGCCGACAAAUACAUUUCGCAUGUGGUUCCUCGGUCUCAUCUUCACAGUCCUCAUUGCUGGUCUCAACCAGUUCUUCAGCAUGCGAUGCAAGUCUCAUCCAUCGGUCCAAAUAACAGCCCUCGUUGCUCAGCUCGUUGCUCUUCCUGCUGGUAAAUUGCUCGAGAAAACACUCCCGAGAGCUCACAUCACCACAUUCGGAUACACAUGGUCCCUCAAUCCCGGUCCAUUCAACAUCAAAGAACACACUCUCAUCACCGUCAUGGCCAACGUCGUCGCCGGCGGUGCAUAUGCAACAGACAUCAUUGCUGCCCAGCGCUUGUUUUAUCAGCAGUAUUGGGGGGCCACCUACCAGCUUGCCCUCGUCAUCUCCACUCAAAUGUUUGGCUUCAGUCUCGCUGGCAUAUGCAGACGCUUCUUGGUCUGGCCGAGCUCCAUGAUCUGGCCUGCUACACUCGUCAACACCGCAUUAUUCAAUACGCUCCACUCGACAUAUGGUCGAGAAGAAGGGGGCCGGACGUCGCGCGAACGCUUCUUCACGCUGGCAUUCAUUGGCAGUGCCGCUUGGUACUUUCUACCCGGAUAUCUCUUUACUGCGCUCAGCAACUUUACAUGGGUCUGCUGGAUCGCACCCGACAACCCGGUCGUCAAUGCUCUGUUUGGCUAUCAACAUGGCCUCGGCAUGGGGUUCAUCACGUUCGACUGGGCCAUGGUUGCGUACAACAGCAGUCCGCUGGUUACACCUUUCUGGGCAGAACUGAAUGUGUUUGGCGCGUUGGUCAUUGUAUACUGGAUCAUUGCUCCCAUCCUGUAUUACAACAACGUCUUUUUCUCCAAGUACUUCCCAUCUCGAGCCCCGGCGCGUUCGACCGAUGGGGUAACCUAUACCAGGCUGCCAAUGUCAUCCGGGACGGCGAGUUUGAUGUUGAAGCUUACAAACAAUAUUCGCCCUUGUACAUUUCUAUGGUACCGCCAUGACAUUGUGCGCCAGUUCCGGUCCUCGAUGAAAGACGAAACCGACGUGCACUCGCGCUUGAUGCUUGCUUACCCCGAGGUUCCGCAAUGGUGGUACAUUGUGCUCGGGCUCAUCUCGUUUGCGCUGGGGAUCGUCACGAUUGAGGUUUGGGACACCAAGUUGCCUGUAUGGGCGUUUAUCCUCUCGCUUCUCAUCUCUUUGGUGUACUUGGUUCCGGUCGGGAUGAUCCAGGCGAUUACGAAUCAACAAGUUGGACUCAAUGUGAUUACAGAACUGAUUGUCGGGUACAUGUUGCCCGGUAAACCGGUCGCGAUGAUGAUAUUCAAGACAUUUGGGUAUAUCACAAUGACGCAGGCCCUAGCAUUCGUCUCUGAUCUCAGCUUGCAAUAUCCAAAGAACGGGGCCUUGGAACUCAAGUGGUGGGGGAACACUGUCUCAGAGCGAACAGUCGACGGAAAAGCAUUGGGGCAUUUGCCGCUCACCAAGGGCUCGACGUUUGGGUAUGAUACGUGGAGUUGA